AUGUCUUCAUUCAAACCACUUACCUCAAUUUUGAACCAAAACAAGUUAGAAGGACUGAAUUAUGUUAACUGGAAAAGGAACCUUGAUAUUGUCCUAACUAUUGAAGGUUACAAAUUUGUAAUCACUGAGGAGUGCCUAGAAAAACCUGAUGAAGAUGCUACUGAUGAUCAUGUUAAGGCCUAUGACAAUGAUGAGAUGGUGCGAUGUUACAUUUUUGCCUCUAUAAAGAAUGUUUUGCAACAUCAGCAUCAGUCUAUGGUGUCUGCUUACGACAUGCUCGAAAGUCUCAAAGAAAUGUUCGGUGAGCAAAAACGUGUUGCUAAGCAGACAACCAUGAAAGCCCUUUUGAACACCAAGAUGGCUGAAAGAUCAUCAGUCAAGGACUAUGUACUAAAGAUGAUGGGUCUUCUGAAUGAACUUGAAGUCCUUGGAGCUGUGAUUGACAAGGAAUCUCAAGUCGAGAUGGUCCUGCCAACUCUUCCUGACAGUGUUAACAAUUUUGCUUGA